AUGGAGGAGCCCAAGAUUGAUGACUUCCAUCAGGCGGUCCGGCCGUUCCUGCUACUGUCGCAACUGUUUUCCCUGUUCCCACUGGGCGGUCUGUUUCGGGCGCCAAUACAAGACAUUUCGUUUCGAUGGAUCAGUCUGAGGACGUUGUACUCUGUGUACUUUUUGGCCACCGCGUUACUUACCUUCAUGGCCCACAUUUACUACAGUGCGACCCGGGAGCAUAUAACCACCGAGGCUAUAAGUAAUAUAAUCUACUAUUCAAUGAACUUGUCCGGUGCCGUCACACUGUUCACGAUAGCGAUGCGAUGGAAAACGAUCAUGAGCGAAUGGCGCAAUCUGGAGGAACCUUUCCUGCAUUACCCGUACGCCGAGCGACGGUUUUGGACCUUGCGUCGCACAAUUGGCACUGUUGGAGUCUUUAUGCUUGUGCUGGCCUUUGUCGAAGACUUUCUGCACGUAUGCUCCGUCUACUAUACGAAUCAGCAGUUCUUUGUCCGCUGCAACAACAGCAUCCCCUUCUGGACCCUGUUCUACAAACGCGAACAUCCAAAGUUCUUCCACUAUGUGCCCUACAACUUGCCCACCGUGCUGGUGCUCGAGGUGACGCACAAGAUAUACCUCUACGUGUGGACGUUCAUGGACCUGUUCAUCAUUUUCGUAUCGCUCGGACUGGCGCGGCUUUACAGUCGGUUUCAUCGGCAUGUGCUCCGGUACAAGGAUCGUCACGCAACCGGGACAACCUGGCAACAGCUGCGGCUGGAAUAUAAUCGCAUCUCCCGGCUGGUGGAGUAUAUGGAGGGUAUCAUGGCGCCGAUCGUCAUCUGCACCACCACGUCCGAUUUGUACUUCAUCUUCAUACAGAUGUACAACUCAUUCCAGUUCUCGGCAUCGUUUAUUUCGGAGCUGUACUUUAAGUUCUCGCUAGGGUUUCUCAUAUUCCGCACACUGGCGAUGUUGAUGGCGGCGUCGAACGUGGACGUAGCUUCAAUCAAACCGCUCAAUGUGCUCCGUUCUGUACCGAUGAGCUGCUGGUCCAUUGAUGUCCAACGGUUAACGCAUGAAGUUUUAAACGGCAGACACUGCCUCUCCGGUCAUGGAUUUUUCUACCUAAACCGUGGUGUUAUAUUAGUGAUGGCGGGGACGUUGAUAACGUACGAACUAGUACUGCUUAAGGAAGCGAUCGCCGCUCGUGACGAGGGAGAUUUUUGUACAGGUGAACCAGCAUCGAAGGACUUCUACCGUCCCAAGAGGCCACAGUUCAUCGGUGAUGGGGGUUACUUCUGUCGCACGAUAGCACCGGUUCUGAGCGUUGGACAACUGUUCGGGUUGCUGCCGGUGGCGGGUGUGUGCAGCGGAAAGUGGUGGUGUCUCCGGUGGAAGCUGGUUUCGCUCCAGAACGGGUACGCCUUUGCCAUUCAGCUGGGGGCACUUGUAAUGGCCGGAUUUUCCUUCGCCACCUUCUGGUUCAGUGGGGUGGAGUUUGCAAAGAUAAUGUCAUGGAUGUUCUUUACGCUUAACCUGCUGAUAUCGGUCAACUUUAGUGUGCUGGCGCGUAGCUGGCCACAGGUGAUGUUUCGCUGGGUGCAGCUGGAGCAAUCACUUCCCGACCAACCGAGACUUUGCUCAGCCUAUCGCAGAUGUCGUCGUCAACUGCGGGUCAUCGCGGCGAUCCUGCUGACAAGCGCUCUAGUCGAGCACAUCCUGUCCAAACCGGCCGGACUUCAUCGGGCGUACCGUUGCCCAAUACCGAAUCUCCUCGAGGCGCACUACAAGCAAGCAUUUCCGGAGAUGUUCUCCUUCGUGCCGUAUGAUCCGUACGUUGGAUUUCUUGCGCAAACGAUCACCUCCCUGCUGACGGUCUACUGGAACUACGUGGAUCUGUUUCUGAUCGCCAUCAGUGUCGGACUGUGCGUGAUCUUACACCACGUGAACGAAGUCAUCCGCUGCUCGAUGAAGCUCUACCAUCGACCAUCGUUCUGGGAGGACCAGUGUGCCGGCUAUAGGCGUGUGUUAGCUCUGAUACGUCACGUCAACCAUCAUAUCGGCGCUUUCAUCGUCAUCUCGUACUCGAGCAACCUAUUCUUCAUCUGCAUUCAGCUGGUAAACGUGUUCCAACAAAACUCUUCGCUCAUCGUGACCACCUACUUCUGGUACUCACUGUUCCACCUCAUAGGCCGCAUUGUUGCGGUGUCGCUGUACGGUUCCGCCAUCCACGACGAGUACUGCCGGAUACGCUCGAUGUUCUACCGGCUUCCGGUCGAGUUCGGCCACCGGGAGGAGGUAGUCCAACGGUUCCAGCGACAGGUCGAGCAUGACUCGGUGGCCCUGACCGGGUACGGGUUUUUCCAUUUGACGCGUAAACUCAUCCUAAAGAUCGCGGCAACGGUCGUAACGUACGAGCUGGUCCUGACGCAAGUUAACGAAGCGGAAGCCAAAAAUGGUGACGAUAAUCCGUGCACCCUUCAAAUAGACGAGUUGGUUUGUGAGAAGCGAAGACAAAUGGGGUUCACUACGAAGGAAUGUUCGGACCUGAAACCGCUCGUGCCGCCCCGCUGGCAACACUGGUUGCAGCAAUGGCGUGAAACUUGGCUCCGCUGGCCUCAGUUGCCGCGUCGGGCUAGCCGGGACGAUUGGUGCCACAACGGCACCUUUCACGAGGCUGUCCGGGGCGUACUGAUGAUGGCGCAACUAUUCUCGAUCAUGCCCGUCUGCGGCAUACUGGCGAAGGAUCCCCGAAAGCUGCGCUUCUCGUACACUAGUCGACGUGCCUUUUACGCGUACUUUUGUGCGUCCGGUAUAGUGUUUCUGGCCACGAUGGCGAUGUACUUUUUCGCGAGCACACGGUACAACUUUCAGAAGAUGGUGGGGGCGUUCUUCUACACCUACAACCUGUACGCGAUGUUCCGGUUUGGGCAGCUUGCCAAACGUUGGCCUGCCCUGAUGGCGAAAUGGACGCGCAUCGAUGAGACACUACCACCACAGAAGGAUCUCUUCGAGCGAGGCGUACUCGGUUACCGAAUCAAGCUGUGCUCGAUCCUGGUGAUGACACUGUCACUAUCCGAGCACCUCCUGUCGAUAGUGUCCGCCGUGCACUACUCGAACAACUGCCCGGCCGUGCACGAUCCGUACGAGGCGUUUUUCAAGUCGAACUUUGCCUUCCUGUACUACUACUUCCGGUAUUCGGCGCUGCGCGGCUUCCUAACCAAGUUCUUCAAUGUGAUCUGCAACUUCAUGUGGAGCUACGUGGACCUGUUCGUGAUCGUGAUCAGCAUGGGCCUGUCGCACUCCUUUCGUCGGAUCAAUGCGUUCCUAUUUCUGCACAAGCGUGAGAAAAUGACCGAGCAGUUUUGGGGCGAACAGCGACAAAAGUAUCGAGGUGUGUGCGACCUAGUGACCACCGUGGACGAUCACAUCUCGGUCAUCACGAUGCUCUCGAUAUCGAACAACUUGUUCUUCAUUUGCGUGCAAAUCUUGAAUAGCAUGAUGUCUCGUCCCACCUUCGUCCAUACGGUAUACUUCUGGUAUAACCUGGUCAUCCUGAUCGGGCGCACGCUUGCGGUCGCCAUGUUUGCGGCGGAAGUGAACGACGAGUCGAAGCGUCCGAUCGAGGUCCUGCGUACGAUACCGCGUGCCGGCUGGUGUCUGGAGGCGAAACGGUUCGCGGAGGAGGUUGCGACCGACACCGUCGCACUCACCGGGCUGAAGUUCUUCAGCAUGACCCGUCAGCUCGUGCUGAAUGUGACAGGGGCGAUCAUCACCUACGAGCUGGUUCUGAUUCAGUUCCACAAGACCGAAGUGCCGGAUGUGGAUUUGUGUAAUUGCGUGUUCAACUGCAAUACGCAGCACAUGUACAUCAAUGGGCAUUGUCGGAAGCCAGGCUGCGACUUUGUGCUGGACUCGGACGCCCAGCGUAAAGUGCUUGGGUGA